AUGCGUUUAGCUGUGUCACAUAUUUACUUCAAUAAGAAGUUAGAUGAAUUUGGUCAGGGGCAUGAUGAUAUUCUUAAAAUGAUGGAACUACAAAAAAUAGAGCUACAGAAAACAUUCCCCACAACAAAACAGCUUCAAGUAAUUGAAAUGGGAGUCGAUUCUGAUGAUGGCAAUUCCAGCUUGACAAAUGCAUCAAAGGCAAUUUUUGCUCAGCGACUUGCUUUGAUUGAAGAAAUACCACAUUCUGAUCUGGAAAUUAAGUUUUCUGUUCCUGUGAUGAAAAACUGCCCCCGUAAGUUUCUUAAUUCCAAUUUUAAUUAAGAAUGGCUUGCAUUGUGUGUACAGCGGAAUAAUAAAUAUAAUGGGUAAUAUAAAAGUGAUAAGUGAUAAAUCAUAAUUAUGGUACUGGCAACCUGUAUCCAAAAGUGUGAUAGUGGAUUCUUGGGGGAUACUAAAUUUUGAAUCCUGGUUUCUCAUUUGGAUACUAAGAAAAUAUAUAAAUUUCAGACCCUGCUACACUGUAGCAUGUGUUCCAGUCCACUACACCGUUGUGUAAUGAUGGUGUAGUGAACUAGAACACAGGCUAGCUUCUCUGCUAAGAGCGCAGGUGGUGCUCAAUAGAUUAAUCUCGCUUUAGAUAGAAUUUAAUUAAUAAGUAUUAACAUACCGGUAUUGCUUUAAGAAUCCAGUCCAGCUGUUCAGAGAUGUUCAAAGAAGUCAGAUGACAAAGACAUUAACAACAUCAGAGAAGAAGUUGAUUCCAAAGGAUUUAAGGUCUGA